CAGAGAGUUGAUUACUGCGCAUCAACGGGAAUGUUACAUGUUAAUUAUUGCAUGUUGUGUUUCUUUCGUGUAAUUUCCUAAGCUACUGUUUCUGCGUGUUUGCUGUCGGUUUCAUUAAAGUUGUUCCCGCAUCCAUCGUCUGUGUGAGAUGGGAAUCCUCCGGUUCUACAAAACACCUGGUCUAAAAGCGGGCCAGCUGAAGAACAAACUGCGCAAGGUCACGCAAAUCGAGGCUUCGGUAAUUGCUCUUGAGACCGAAACAUGUUAUUACGUGGAAACGACAGAUUCACUGAACGAGAAAGAAGUUCGUACAUUAAAAUGGAUCUUAGCACCACCUUUUGAACGGGAAUGUUUUCGGUCCAGCAGCGUUUUUGACGACGUUCAAGAUGCUACUAUUAUCGAAAUUGGACCCAGGCUGAAUUUUUCAACAGCAUUUUCCAGCAACGCAGUUUCCAUCUGUAAAUCUGUCAAGUUAGACAAAAUAACAAGAAUUGAAACUGCAGUCAGAUACAACAUCAAGCAUACAGGAACAUUUAGCAAAGAAGUAGAAAAUGCUAUUGUAAACGUUUUGGGAGAUAAGAUGACAGAAUGCAGAUAUUUAAAACCUAUCGAAACGUUUGAUCACGGUUUCAAACCCGAAAAAUGGUUUGAAGUCGAUGUAAUGAAAAAAGGCAGAAAGGCAUUGGAAGAAGUCAACUCGAAAUUAGGUCUGGCAUUUGAUGACUGGGACUUAGAUUUUUAUACAGAAUUGUUUCUUCAGAAACUAAAACGCAAUCCGACUAGCGUGGAAUGCUUUGACCUAGCUCAAUCGAACAGCGAACACAGUCGCCAUUGGUUCUUCAAAGGACGUAUUGUUUUGGACGGUGAAGAGAAAGAACAAUCCUUAAUCGACAUGAUCAUAGACACGCAAAAUUACUCGCAUCCGAAUAACGUGAUUAAAUUUAGCGAUAACAGCAGCGCGAUCGAAGGAUAUCAAGUCCCCGUUCUGCGUCCUACCAAAUCUGACAGAUGCAGCAAUUUCGGAAAGAACUGCACGGGCCAGCAUCUUAUCUUCACAGCAGAAACUCAUAAUUUUCCAACUGGUGUCGCACCUUUUAGUGGAGCCACAACAGGUACCGGGGGUCGAUUGAGAGACAUUCAAGCAAUUGGAAGAGGAGGAAAUUACAUAGCGGGCACUGCUGGUUACAGUGUUGGCAAUCUUCUCAUUCCAGGGUAUAAUUUGCCAUGGGAAGACAAGAAUGCAGUUUAUCCUAACAAUAUGGCGUUGCCAUUAGAAAUAUUAAUUGAAGCAAGUAACGGCGCUUCCGAUUACGGCAAUAAAUUUGGAGAACCGGUUAUCUGCGGCUUCGUGCGUUCCUACGGUAGAACAGACGAUGCGAGAGUCAGACGAGAGUGGAUCAAGCCUAUCAUGUUCAGCGGAGGUCUGGGAACUAUGGAUGAGAAUCUUAUUAACAAGAUUCCAGCGGAACGGGGCAUGAAAGUGGUCAAAAUCGGCGGACCCGUCUAUCGAAUCGGCGUGGGUGGCGGUUCGGCGAGUUCUGUGGAGGUGCAGGGUGACAACAGCGAGGAACUUGAUUUCGGUGCGGUUCAACGCGGUGAUCCUGAGAUGGAGCAGAAACUGAAUCGUGUGGUGCGCGCGUGCGUAGAAAUGGAGAACAAUCCGAUUCUCAGUAUUCACGAUCAGGGCGCGGGCGGCAACGGUAAUGUUCUGAAGGAGCUGGUGGAACCUGCUGGCGCCGUGAUCUUCACGAAGACCUUCGAUCUCGGCGAUCCCAGCAUUAGCACGCUGGAGCUCUGGGGCGCGGAGUACCAAGAGAGCAACGCAAUUCUGUGCAAGCCAGAAGACAGCGAUUUGCUGAAGAGAAUAGCCGCGCGUGAAAAAUGUCCGAUCAACUUUGUCGGUACCGUCACUGGAAAUGGAAAAAUCAUCGUUUCCGAAGAGGACAACACUGACGAAUCCAAGUAUCUCGAGGAUCAAGAUAAAAGUCUAGAUAGCGAUAAGCAUCCGGUGAAUCUGGAAUUAGAGGUUAUUCUUGGAAAAAUGCCUCGUAAAGUCUUCAAUCUACAGAGAGCAUCCCAACAGAAGUUUUCACUGAAGUUAGAUGAAGUAACUGUGGUUCAGGCUUUAGACAGAGUUCUUCGGCUACCUUCUGUGGCUUGCAAGCGGUAUCUGACAAGCAAGGUCGAUCGUUGCGUGACUGGUUUGAUAGCUCAGCAACAAUGCGUCGGUCCUUUGCAUACUCCCGUGGCAGACGUCGCUGUAGCAGCCGUUUCGUAUUUCUCUAACAAGGGCAUCGCGACUUCAAUCGGCGAGCAACCGAUUAAAGGACUUGUGAAUGAAGAGGCCGGCGCGCGAAUGACAGUGGCUGAGGCUCUGAGCAAUCUGGUGUUCGCGCCGAUUACCGAUCUGAGAGACGUAAAGUGUAGCGGCAAUUGGAUGUGGCCGGCGAAACUUCCGGGUGAGGGCGCGGCGCUUUAUAACGCCUGCUCGGCGAUGUGCUCGCUAAUGAAGGAGCUCGGGAUCGCAAUCGAUGGCGGCAAGGACUCGCUCAGUAUGGCCGCGCGUAUCGGCAAGGACGUCGUCAAGGCACCUGGCACUCUUGUCGUAUCUUGUUACGCUCCUUGUGACGAUAUCGAAAAGGUGAUCACACCGGAUCUUAAAGCCCCCGCCAAAGGAAAAGAAGGUUGUCUGAUCUUCGUCGAUCUGUCUAAAGGGAAGAGCCGGCUCGGAGGAACGGCCUUGGCUCAAGUCUUCAACCAGUUGGGUGAUGACGUGCCAGAUAUCGAAGACGCAGAAAUUCUCAAGAACGCCUUCGUUGCCACUCAGUGGCUAAUCGCUAACUGUUACGUUCUCGCUGGCCACGACGUCAGCGACGGCGGGUUGAUCACGUGUCUCUUGGAAAUGUGCUUCGGUGGUAUAUCCGGAAUAGAGGUCGACAUAAGUCAUAGAUCCGCGUCCGCCGUUGAGAUUUUAUACUCCGAGGAGGUCGGCUGGGUGUUAGAAGUCGAUGAGCAUCACAAAAAUAAAGUGUUAGAAAUAUUCCAGUAUUACAACGACGUUCCUGCGUACGUAAUCGGAAAAUCCGUAGGUCUCGGGAUACACUCCAAAGUGACUAUCAAAGUGCACAAUAAAAUCGUUUUGGACACUACUGUAUACAAGACGAUGAGAAUCUGGGAAGACACGAGUUAUCAACUGGAAUGCCAUCAAACGAAUCCUAUCUGCGCCCAAGAGGAAUACGACGGUCUUGAGAAACGAACCGUUCCCGCCUAUCAUCUGACGUUCGAUCCGAGAGAUCGGCCGAAGUUGGGCGAAGAGAUCAAGGUAGCUGUUAUAAGAGAGGAAGGUAUCAAUGGAGACCGAGAAAUGGCGGCCUGUCUGCAGAAAGCCGGUUUCGACGUCUGGGAUGUCACAAUGCAGGAUUUGCUGGAGAAUCGCGUCACCUUGGAAGUUUUCAGAGGUGUUAUCUUCCCCGGUGGCUUCAGCUACGCUGAUGUUUGCGGCUCCGCCAAAGGAUGGGCGGCUACUUUUCUCUUCCAUCCGUCUCUGCGCGAACAGCUGCAGCGAUUCAUCGAUCGGGAGGAUACUUUCAGUCUGGGAGUUUGUAAUGGCUGUCAGCUGAUGAGCAUGCUAAACUGGGUGGGCGACGAAGACAACGCUAAAAACGAAUCGGGAAUUCACUUGGAUCACAAUCUCUCGGGGAGAUUCGAGUGCAGAUGGAGUACCGUCAGAAUCGAAAAUUCGCCCUCAAUUAUGUUGAGAGAUAUGGCAGGUAGCGUUCUCGGGAUAUGGGUGGCUCACGGGGAAGGCAGAUUUACUUUCCGCGAAGAUGUUUUGAAGAAUCUCGAAAAAAAUCACUGCUUGCCGAUCAGAUACACGGAUGAUCAAGGCAACUCUACUGAACGAUAUCCAAUGAAUCCAAACGGCAGCGUAAAGGGUAUCGCGGCUGUUUGCUCCAAAAACGGUCGACAUUUAGCGAUGAUGCCGCACCCGGAGAGAUGUACAGAAGUGUGGCAGUGGCCUUGGAAACCGUCGCAGUGGACAAAAGAGUGGAACAACGAUAAAAAAUGCUUCGAGAACUACAAAAUGUCGGCGUGGCAACGACUUUUCGAUAAUGCAUAUUUCUGGUGCCAGAACAACUAAUUAAAAAAAAGUUAUUUAGUCCAAUUGAAGAAUAUAUUGGAUUGUGUUCGGAAAGCAAAGCGUUUCCAAUAGAUACGGUAUUUUAUGUCUGAUACACGUAGAUGAGAUAUCGCGCAGAUAGAUCGAACAAUAUCGUAUAUGAGCAUUUACAGAAACUAAAUUAUGUGUGUGUCAAUACGAUGAGUCUUUAAAUUUUAUUAAAAACCGCUACGUACUUUCCGAACAAUCAAAUAUUUUGCUGCAAUCAGACAACAAUUUUUAUUGCUCUAUAUAUAUGUUUAUAUAUGUAUAUUUUUAUAUUUCUCAAAAUUUUUUCAACAAAAUAUCUACAACAUGUAAAUAAAAACGAGAUUCGAAACAUUUCUUUAGCAAUGUAUAUUAAGAUAUCGUGUUUUAUCUUCGCGCCGUUUACGGGCGAUUUUUUUUUUCUUAAUGUUGCCGCCA